AUGGCAUCCGCAACCUCCAUGACGCUGUCUCUAUUUCAUGCGGUUACCCUCUCGGGUUUGUAUGUCGGAUCACUCUACAUGUGGAAAGGAAGUUUAGCAAAAUCUAGGAACGAUCCUUCACAAAUUCGUAAACGAACCAUUUCAGUUUUAACGUCUACUAUUGUUUCUAUUUUUUAUUGUGGGAUGGUAUAUUUAUUGAGUAAUAAUAGUAAUGAUACUACUCACAACAGCAGCGAAUCGAUAUCAUCAUCGGAAUCACUGGGAUUUAGUGCCAUGAUGGGAAUUGACUUUUUUAGAAUAUUUUCACAAAUAUUUGCUGUGAUCGCAGUAUUGUUGUUGAACUCGUGUUUGUUUUUAGGACCUAUUGCUGAAGCGUUGAAUGUUGAGAGCAUCACUUCCAUGUCAGAGGUCACUCAAUUCUUACAAAAAUCUGUUCAGUAUCUUUAUAUGGAAUUUAUUGAGCUGUGUUAUUGUUUAUUUGAAAUUUUAAAACAAUAUCCAAAGUUUUUAAUGGAUGAAGAAAAUGUCAUCAAAUAUGAGCCAAAUGGAAUCGAUAAAUCAGAAGAAGCAAUAUUUUCAUUCCGGUCUAUUAUCAUUGGUCCCAUCACUGAAGAGGUUGUGUUUAGAAGUUGUCUCUACUAUAUUUUACAUUAUUUUGGUGGAUUUUCCAUGAUGACAUCUCUAUUAGUGAGUGCAGCUCUCUUUGGAGUUGCCCAUUGUCAUCACAUUAUUGAACAUGUAUUACACGGGGAUAUGGAGAUCAGGACUGCUAUAUUGAAUGUCACUGUUCAAUUGACCUAUACAUUUGUUUUUGGACUUUACUGUGGAUAUAUAUAUGGAAAAACAAAAAGUAUUAUUGCUGCGAUUGUAUUGCAUGCAUACUGUAAUUUAAUGGGACUUCCAAGCUUUAACAUGAGCAGACCUGUGUUAGCAGGUGCGUAUGUUAUUGGACUCGUAUUGUUUAGGGUGCUACUCUUUCCUGUAUUGUCUGUGUUUUGA